AUAAGCCUCGCUAUAUAACUAUGGCGAGCUGUAUGUCCACUCGGGAAUGUGGCAUUCAUCACUCCCUCAAUGUUUACUUCAUUUUUUUUUUAUUUGGGUUCGAUUUGUCUUAUCUUUUAGUCGUCAUCUGUUUUUUUCCGUUCUCUUUUGCCCUUCUCUAAGCAGGGCUUCCCUUUGAAUUCAUACAGUCCACUAGAGGUUGUGUCAGGUCUCGAGGUAAAGUGACCAUUUUGGGUGCAAUCAUACUUGGAUCCUUUUCGCUCGAUAUUCUAUUAUUUCCUCUGGUUCUAUUCGACAAGUUGCGACAAUGGCCGGGAGCGACGGGCCAUCCCUCUAUAAUUACGACCCAAAUGUAGCUGCCAGUAUCAUCUUCGCACUUGUGUUCGGCGCCAGCGCAGCUCUUCAUAUUUGGCAAGCAUUCAUAAGAGCCAGGGCCUGGUUCUUCACUGCCUUCGUCAUUGGUUCUGUCAUGAUGGCCCUGGGAUACCUCUGCCGCGCCAUCUCUGCCAAAAGUCCCACCAGCCUUGGCCCAUACAUUGGCCAAUCACUCUUGAUCCUCCUCCCUCCAUCGCUCUAUGCGGCGACGAUUUAUAUGGUAUAUGGACGUAUUGUUCAAUGCACACGACGACCAGAAUUAUCCAUCAUAUCCCCGACCAGAGUGACCAAAGUCUUUGUCGUUGGUGAUGUUCUAGCUUUCAUCUUACAGUGUAGCGGCGGAGGUAUGAUGGCGAUAUCCGGCUUGGGUAGCAUUGGAGAGAAGCUGCUGGUUUUUGGGCUUUUCGUCCAGCUGUUAUUUUUUGGGUUCUUCCUUUUUGUGUCGGUGAAGUUCGCGCUGCGAAUUCGCAGGACCCCAUCAAAAGUGAUGGAAGGUCCCUGGAAAACUCUUCUUUAUAUCCUUUACGCCAUGGCCGCCCUCAUCAUUUUUCGAUGUGUGUAUCGAAUAGUCGAGUUUGUGCAGGGACAUGACGGGUAUCUCGUUUCGCAUGAGCUGUAUAUGUAUCUGUUCGAUACGCUUCCCAUGCUCGUUGUGCAACUUCUCUUUCAUCGUUGGCAGCCGUACCGAAUGCUCAACGCCAGUCAGGCUGCGAUGGGAGGGUGUGAAAGCUACGUUAACCUCCAGGGACUGCGUUAG